CGCCCAAUCCCAGCCGGGCCACGUGACCGGGCCAAGAUGGCGGCCCCCGCGGUCGGCGUGUGACCCAAGCGAGCCCGUGCGACCUCAACGCUUCGGCGGCCCGCAGCGGUAGCGAGGAACCCGUCUGACCGGGACUGCGGCUAAGCAAGAAAGAGAAGCGCCUCUAUAUAAAAACAGAUUAAAAUGGCAGGGAAAGAAUUUCUGGACCACCCUAUGGAGAGAAAAAUCAAAAAUCCAAGAAGAAUCCCAGAAUCCACCUGGCAAACGAUGUUUGAAAGGCUGCCUCAGAAAGAUCAAAAUUUCUUCUACACUGGAGGCUUCGGCCUUGGCCUCAAUUCAAGUCUCAUUGCCUUAAUAUCUAAUAAUUCAUUUAGGAAGCUUCUGAAUAUCACACAGGCUCGUUAUUCAACAGUUGCAGCCAUGUCCUUAUUGCCACUCCUCACAACUACAGUUGCUUAUGAGGCCGCAGUAAAACAGUCUUUGAUGACAGGUAAUUUAAAUUGUGAAAUCUGUGCUAUGGUGAGAGGAGGUUUAGUAGGAGCUGUCGUGGGCUUUUUCUACCCAGUCAUUCUAGCGCUGCCUCUGAAUGGAUUGCUGGCUACAAGAUACUAUACUGCUCCCUUGCCAAACAAAGAAAAUGCAGUGCGAUUCUGGGUCAUGCUUAGUAAACCGGUUUUCAAGAAGAUGAGAUUUGCUGCUUUCCUCCAAGUUGCUUUUGGCGCGUACCUUGGCUCAAGACACUACGAUAUAUAUCUCAAAAUGAUCCGCAUGCCUCAACCUGGAAGGGAUCCCGAGGAAAUCGGAGAAUAAAACUUUUAAAAGGUGUUUAGCUUUUAUUUCUUGCCAGAUUUGGAUAACUUCUGAAAGUUCUAGUCUGGUUUGAGUCAUUUGUAUCAACUUUGUGAAAAUUGAAACACACACAUACAUCUUGUGCUGUACUGCAAGAGGGUAACCAACAACAUUGGGUGAAUGAGAAAAGCAACAACUAAAUUUUUGGGAAGGGAAGUAAAGAGGUACUGUUGAAAAAGAAGCAGUGUAUAGAUAUACUUAUGUAAGUUUAUAAAUGUGCUUAUCUAUAUAUGUACAAAGCAACAAAUGCAUCCAAUACAUAGUUCCUGGAGAACAUGAAAAGGAUUGAGCAAUAUUUCUAGUAACCCACAAGUAUUUCUCGGUUAUUUCCACAAUCCAAAACAAAAUGGAGGGCAAUUUCAUGCAGGACUUCCAACUAUAACUCAACCUACCCAGUGGGAAAAAAAUGGUAACAUAGCUAACAACACAGGCUUAACAACCAGUUGCUUAACAAGAGCUCGAAGUUACAACAGACCUCCCCAGAGCUACUUGCAACUCAUUUUCGAAAUCCCAGUAGCUAUACUCAGCUGUACUAAAGAUAAAGGUAUCCCCUCUCCAGCUGUGUCCAAUGCUGGGGGGCAGUGCAUAUCUCAAGUUUCUUUGCCUAGGGAGUCAGCAUUGUCCAAAGAUGUUUCUGUGGUCAUGCGGCCAGCAUGACUAUGCCAAGAGGCACAGUAAGCUGUUAUCUUCCCAGCAAAGUGGUAUCUAAUUAUCUUGCGUUUGCCUCGCUUCGGGCCUACUUCGUAAGCAGGGGCUGGGCUAAGUAAUGGAAGCUCACCCCAUCAUGCGGAGCUUGGCUCUCGAACCCAGGCUGUCAGCUUUCCAGCUGACAAGCUCAGCAUCUUUAACCACUGAGCCAUUCCCCCCGCCACCCAAUACACCUCUAUGGUCAAGUAAACUGCAUUAGUUUGGGGGGGGGGGCACCCAUUGGGAGAACAGAUUCGCUCAACCAUCAUAAAAAAUGGUCACAAAAUCAGAUCCGGUCACGUAAGGCUUCAACCUAUGAACCAUAACAAUUUACGGCCGUAAUUCUGGGCUCUAUUAUGAUUCUGCCUUGAGGGCUACCUGUAGGGGAACUGAGUCAUACAGCUGGGACUUUCGUCAGAAAUACUUGUGUGCAAGAAAAGUUUUAGAAGAUCUCCCAAGUCAGAAUUCUUUUGUUAAGCAAAUCACUUGUUUAAGAAUUAUAAGUCUAGCUUCAAAUUUGCUGGGAUGUAUCUAUUUCCAAAUAUCCAUAUUAUUAUUAUGCAAAGAACAAGCAAGAUGUUAAAUCUGUUUAGUGGCCCACCCAGUAUUCAAAGUACCGCUUGCCCACCUUCCCAGUAAGUACUUCAUCUAUCCCCAUAGGCCCCCAUGUUUGCUAGUUGCCCCUAUUCCCUCAUUACUGCACCUACUUGCUCUAUCAACUAUGUGUUUGGAUAACAUACUUGUAUCUACUAAAAUGUACAACAGAGUAUAGCAUAUUCUAAUUCUCGAAAGAUGUGCUGUCGUCAAAUGGAAUUAUCCCAUAGGGACAAGUGUUCACUAAAGGCCUCAAGUACCUAAAUUAACUAUUGCCGAGAGAUACAUCCUCACUAAAUAUGAGUCAUGUCCUCAGGAUCUUUUUCAGCAUGUCCAGGGCUAAUGAUGGAGUAGAAAUUUUAACUGCAGCUAAGACCCACGUGACUGUUGAGAAAUCAGGACUGCAUGAAGGAAAUUGUUAACACUGGUAUCAGGGCGAGAUUUUCAACUGUUUUGCAAAUCUGAAGCUUUCUCCAAAGUUGAAGAAUUGAGACCCUCUGAAGCAAACUGGCCCCCAAUCAAAU